UCCACCCACUGGACCACUCGUCCAGGCACUGGACAAGCAACCGGUCCACUAUUCCAGUCACACGUCUGGUAAUACAUGCGCUGGUCCGCCAACUCGCUUCCUGGUUAGUCCACCACCUAACCAGCUGCUCGGCCAACCAACCAGAGAGUCCACCAACCUGCUCACCCACCUGCUCGCCCGAGGAGCGAUGGACUCGAUGAACCACGAGGUGGAGAUGGAAGAGGACGACACGGCGCUGCCUCCCAUGCUCCACCCAGAGCCAAUCCACCCACAGGUGGAAGAUAUGGAACACGCUGAUUGCGCCGGUGGUGGUGGCGGUGGUGGUGAUGAAGGACAGGAAUCUGGCAAGACGGAGAGAAGCAAGAGGAACUACCAGCGCUACCCCAAGCCUCCGUACUCGUACGUCGCGCUCAUCUGCCUGGCGAUCACGCGCUCAACGGAGCUGCAGCUCACGCUCCGACAGAUCUUCAGCCUCAUCGGCUCCAUGUUCCCGUUCUUCACGGGCGAGUACAAGGGCUGGAGGGACUCUGUGCGCCACAACCUCUCGGCCAACAAGUGCUUCUCCAAGGUGCUCAAGGACCCUUCACGCCCGGGAUGCAAGGGCAACCACUGGACACUGGACAUCGACAAGGUACCGCCCGAGGCCCUUCUGCGGCAGAACACGGCUGAGUCGCGCAAGGCCCGCUCGCCGUACCCGCAGGACCUGCGGCCCUACCUUCUGGACCCGGGCCUCCGCCUCUGGACGUGCUCGUCCGGCCAGGACGAGGCUUCGGCCCGCGAUGCCGCCGCCGCCGCUUCCGCGCCGAGAGCCGAGGUGGCCCAGCCGCUGCCGCAACUCGGCUGGACGAACUCCGACGCUCCGGUGCCUCUCUACCGCCCACCGCCAGCACCGGGCCCGGCUCUGGCCUCCGCUCUGGAGCGGUUCCGCCCGUCGCCGCCGCCACUGCUGCCGCCGUUCUCCAGCAUCUGCGACGUCUCCGCUGCGGCCUCCUCCUCGUCGACGCCGUUCCUCUCGGUGGCCGGGCACUUCCUGGCACCAUUGGCGGGGGUCCCCACGUCGUACCAGCCCCUAGUGUCCGCGCUACCGCCGCCGCCAAUGCCGGACGACAUCGCGUGGGGUGACGCGUCGGUCCUACCGAGCUGCCCGUCGCUGCACGCCAUGUCCCCCCACCCCGCCUCCUCCGCCCCCUCCUCGUCACUCUUCCACCUGUGGUCAUGUGCCGACGGCCGCCGGCGCCACCUACCAGCAGCUGCCCACCGAGUUCUACUCGCACCAGCAGCAGCAGCUGCCGUUGGUGUCCUCCACCACCACCACCGCCGCCGUGCACCGCCCGCCACGACGUCGUCGUCCGCCUCCUCCUCCUCCUCCAUCGCCUCGUCGCCGUUCUCCCGCUCGCCGUCGCCCGCCCCUGGGGGGCAGCCGCCACCGCCGGGCCCCGUGGACGUCUGCAUGGCCCUCGCGUCUCCCGCGGGGCAGCGCCGGCGUCGGCACCGGCACCAGGCGGGCGAACGGCAGUGCCAGCGCCGGCGCCGCCACGAGCGCCGGGACACGGGGGGCGAUGGCCAGCGGCCGCUCGGCAUGGCAAUCCCCUCCUCGUCCGCAUCCUCAUCAUCAUCCUCCUCGUCGUCGGCGUCGUCGUCGGCUGACGCGGCCGCCGACGCCGAGGGGCGCCGCUCGUGGCACGCGGCGUGGCUGGCGCAGCCGUGGCAGUGCCAGCCCGGCAACGCAAACGCGGCCCUCGGUAACAAUUACAACAUGGCCACCGCUGUCGGUUACGGCAACGUGGCCGCCGCCCACGGUUACGCCCAUGGCAACGUGGCCGCCGCCCACGGUUACGGAAACGUGGCCGCCGCCCACGGUUACGGCAACGUGGCCGCCGCCCACGGUUACGGCAACAUGGCCGCUGCCCACGGUUAUGCCCAUGGCAACGUGGCCGCCGCCCACGGUUACGGAAAUGUGGCCGCCGCCCACGGUUACGGCAACGUGGCUGCCACCCACGGUUACGGAAACGUGGUCGCCGCCCACGGUUACGCCCAUGGCAACGUGGCCACCGCCGUCGCGUACGGAAACCCGGCCCCGCAGGCGUUGGUCCCCUGGGAGCUGCCGGCUUCGCACUCCAAGUUCACGCCCCCCAAUGCGGUGGCGCCACCCGCCGGUCCGGACUCGCUGGCUUUCCUCGGCAGCAGCGGCGGCGGUGACACCGCUCUCCCCGCUCUCCCCGCGUACCGAUCGCCACCGUCGCUGUCCUGUUCCCCCUCCCCCUCGCCGUCCUCCUCCGUGUCGUCGUCUUCGUUGUCGUCGUCGUUGAAUCCGUCGUCCCCGCCGCUGCAGCUGGUGUCGUACUGGGUGAGGUCGCGCGAGGCGGGUCUCCUCUACCAGGUGCCCACGUUCCUCGACUACGAGCGAGUCUACGGCAUAAUGCCACCCAACAAGAGCGUCUUCGACCUCUUUCUGGUGCCCGCGUCGCCCGCCGCUGCCAUCCAGCCGGGCGUCCCUUUCCCUUCCUCCUCUUCCUCCUCCUCCUCCUCCUUUCCGCAGGGCCGCUAG